AUGUGGCAGUCCUAUAGGGCUUACUGCAUAGCCUCUCUAGCGGCUCUCUGUCUCAGCCUGACGGCCAUCUCUCCAGCAACCAGCGACAUGGAUGAUAGCGUUGACAUGAUGUGGGGCAACACACAGGUGCUCUGUGACGGCGCCGGCCACCAAAUGGUGUCACUCUCCCACGACUGCUGGACCACCUCUGCGUUCCGAUCCAAGAGCAAGUACCUCUUUGGGAGGUUCGACAUUGACAUCAAGCUUGUCCCCAAGGACUCAGCCGGCACCGGCACCACAGUAUAUAGGAAAGGUGACCGAGAGAUGCAGUAUCGUCUUUGGUUCGAUCCUACUGAAGACUUCAACACCUACUCAAUCAUAUGGAACCCGCAUAUGAUCUUAAUACUUGUUAACGGCGUACCGAUCCGGUGGAUGAGGAAUCAGAUGAGGGAUGACACUCCCUUCCCGCUGUAUCAGCCUAUGAGGUUGUAUGCCAGCAUCUGGGACGCUGACGAAUGGGCGACCCAGGGCGGACGCAUCAAAACUGACUGGUCCCAUGGGCCCUUCACAGCCUUCUUCCGGAACUACACCGCCAACGCUUGUGUCCCAUACAAUAGGGCCUGGAUUUGCGGCCAGGAUUCCGGUGAUAGCAGUUGGUUCAACCAGGAGUUGGAUGAGCAGGGGCAGCAGAAACUGAAUGAUGUCAAUGGUAAAAACAAGAUAUAUGACUACUGCACUGACUCGAGGAGGUUUCCUAAUGGAUACCCUCCAGAAUGUGGGCACAGUAAAAGUUAG